AUGGGGUCGUCGUCGGGGGAGGAGGGGGAGGAGCAGUGGGUGCCGCCGAGCCGGCGCCCGGAGCUGGCGGACGUGGCGCCGCUGCCGCAGGCCGACGGGCCCUGCCCCGUCGUCUCCAUCGCUUACCGCGGCGACUUCCGCGAGGUCAUGGACUACUUCCGCGCCCUCUACGCCGCCGGCGAGCGCAGCCCCCGCGCCCUCCGCCUCACCGCCGACGCCAUCCACCUCAACCCCGGCAACUACACUGUAUGGCAUUUCAGGCGCGUUGUUCUAGAGGCACUGGAUGCUGAUUUAUUGCUAGAAAUGCAUUUUGUGGACCAAAUUGCUGAAUCUAAUCCAAAAAAUUACCAAGUCUGGCAUCACAAGAGAUGGCUUGCUGAGAAAAUAGGACCAGAUGCUGCAAAUAGUGAACAUGACUUCACAAGGAAGAUACUUGCUAUGGAUGCUAAAAACUACCAUGCUUGGUCCCAUAGGCAGUGGGUUCUUCAAGCAUUGGGUGGAUGGGAGAGUGAACUGCAGUACUGCAACCAGCUUCUUGAGGAAGAUGUCUUCAAUAACUCAGCUUGGAAUCAGAGAUACCUUGUGGUAACACGAUCACCAAUUCUUGGGGGCCUUGCGGCAAUGCGCGACUCAGAAGUAGAUUACACUGUUGAGGCCAUUAUGGUGAACCCUCAGAAUGAAAGCCCCUGGAGAUACCUCAGAGGUUUAUAUAAGGAUGAUAACAAUUUGCUGGUGGCUGAUAAUCGCAUUUCUGAUGCUUGCCUCAAGGUCCUGAAUAAGGAUUGGCAAUGCGUAUUUGCUUUGAGCUUCCUGCUUGAUCUUCUUCGCAUGGGUUUGCAGCCUUCGGAUGAACUUAAAGGAACCAUCGAAGCAAUGGAGAACUCUGAUCCUGAAACGGGACAUGCUGAUAUUGCAGUAGCUGUCUGCUCAAUCCUGCAGAAAUGUGAUCCCCUGCGGAUAAACUACUGGUCAUGGUACCAGACCACUCUUUCUUCUUAG